CGUGGAGUGGAGAGAGCUGGGCACGCGCGCCGGGAAAAUGGCUGUCAAUUGACUUCCCUCUCUUGUGAUGGAUCCUAGCCAUCACACUGGGACUACAAAGGGCUUCUUUUGAAAAUUUAUAACGCAGACUGGAUUAAUAAUAAUAAUAAUAAUAAUAAUAAUGAAAAAAUGUAGUAGUAAGAGCUGAGAUGGCGCAGACAGCACGAGUCACCGGCCCACGACACAGAAUCAGCUGAUGGUGCGACAUCCAACCAGUUAGAGUGUUGCUGUAAUGACACCUGUCUGAAGAGGAUGGAGUUUCCCGGAUCUGACCCCGGGUUUGUGCACCAGCAGCCGACAUGGGAGGCCUGGAACGGUUGGGCUGGAAAUAGGUCUCCAGCUUGCACCGCUGAUGCAUUUCUGACUCCUUUUCCUGGAUCCGGUUAUCACCUCCAACCGAACGGUGCUCCUCAGAACGGACCUACGCCUUCUUCUCCACCUGGUUAUCACCUACACCUUAACGGUGCUCCUCAGAACGGACCUACGCCUUCUUCUCCACCUGGUUAUCACCUACACCUUAACGGUGCUCCUCAGAACGGACCUACGCCUUCUUCUCCACCUGGUUAUCACCUACACCUUAACGGUGCUCCUCAGAAUGGACCUCCUCCUUCUUCUCCAUCUGGUUAUCAUCUACACCCAAACAGUGUGUCUCCAAUGGGUCCUUCAGUAAUGCCAGGCAGUGCAGUGACUUCAGGCUUGGACUCGUACUGGUCUCCCCCUCAGCCACACUGCAAUGGUGUGUAUAAACCUCUCCCUGACACCAGAAGCCCAGCACAGAUGUCACUACAGGAUAUCAACUCACAACCGACCAGUCCUGUAUCCAGUCCUAAAUCAGAGUCCCGCUAUGGUUUGGACCCUCAGCUGCUACCCAGUGUUGUACAGGUGAUGAAUGAGGACAGGGCUCAGUGGGAGGGGAAAAUAUUUGCAACCGAGCACAAGUCCACUGUUCCCCCUCUCUCCAGCACUUCCUGCACUCUGGAGGACAGGGGUAAUGCAACUGCUCGAUUUAUCCGCUGCACGUCCUACAACUUUCCUAUCGAGGCCCAGUCCGCCCAGCAGAGCCACCUGCCACUGGCGGCCAUUUUAUGCCCCCUGGCCAGACCUGAGAACAAAGAGAGAUCAGUGCCAGUGUGUAACGCAGGGGAGUGUGUUAAGGGUUGUGGUGCGUGUGGUGCUUUCAUGAGUCCUGCUAUGAGCUGGCAGGACUGCGGGCAGCGCUUCUAUUGCCCUUUCUGCGGCAAACUCACAGAAGUGCCAUGGCAAUCAUAUCAGCCUACUAACAACGGGCAGCGAGUUGACCGGGAGAAGAGGCCAGAACUCAGUCUGGGUUCAUAUGAGAUCCUGGAAGCACAAAAGGGAGAGCCUGCUGUGUUGCUCCUGGCAAUUGAUGUCAACGCCGUUGCAAUCCGAUCAGGAGAACUUGACUUCAUCUGUCAGCAGCUUUGUACUCUACUCCUGUCUUUAAGCGGAGAAAAAGAUGAUGCAGAAUCAGAUCUGCGAGUUGGUUUGAUUACUUAUGACAGUAGGAUCCACCUCUAUGAUCUGAGUCCGACGUUGUCCCGCCCCCGCAUGAUGGUCUUGACGGACACAGACGAGCUGGAACUUCCUGUGCAUGAGGGGCUUCUGGUGCCACUCAAAGACUGCAGACACACAAUAGAGAGCAUUUUACAGCAAAUUCCACUGUUUGAUGUUGAGAUGCAGGACAGUUCAGGCUCUCAAGAUGUUUCCAUUCAAGCUGGACUCAAGAUCCUACAGGCUGCAGGUUGUCCUGGUAAACUGUUGGUCUUCCACUCUUCACCUCUUACUGAGAACUCGGUAAAGCAAAGCUCCCUGGGCUUCUUUUCGUCCAGCAAACCAAAGUCCAUCUUCCAGGCACCAGACUCUUCUGCAUCACUGGCUAAGGCAUGUGUCAGUCAAGGAUGCAGCGUCCAGCUUUUUGUGUUUUCCCAGCCGGAUGUGGGAGGGGCUUGGCCAGGGCAUGUACCUUUUCUUACAGGGGGAAGGCUUACCUGCUACAACAGCCUACAGUCCCAGCUAGAGAGAGAGCGUUUCCAUGGAGAUCUCUGGAGGAGCGUGGAAACUGACAUGGCCUAUCGAGCUCAGCUUCGAGUUUUUGUAAGCAAAGAAUUACAUGUUUCUGGUUGCUAUGGCGCCGUCCUCGGUGGUCCCGAAUCCCACUGUGUUGUGAUGGCAGCGCUUGAUUGGCACACAGCCUUGGCGUUUGAGUUCACUCACAGCAAAUCACUUGAUGAAACAAGAGGCGUGGCCAUCCAGGCUGUCCUGUCCUACAGUGGAUCCAGAGGAGAGAGGAGGACGCGCGUACACACUGUCAGUCUGGCCUGCUCUCAGAGCCUGAUAGACACAUUCAGGACCAGCCAGGCUGAGACCCUGCUCACGUUCUAUUGCAAAAAGAUGUAUUGUGCGGCAUUGGACACACCUUUGCAGUGUCUUCGUGAGGAGCUGCAGACUGAGAUCACAGAAGCUUUAGCUUGCUACAGAAAACACUGCUGCACUACUUCUGUUUCCCCUGGACAGCUGGUGAUGCCGCAUUUUCUGAAGAUUCUCCCCGUCUACAUUAACAGUUUAAGGAAGAGUGAAGUUCUUCUCCCGGGUCUGCGCAGUUCGGUUCAUCAGCGCCUGCAGCUGCGCAGCAUCACCGUCUCCAUGGAUACGUGCAGCACCGUUGCUCAGCUGUACCCACUCGUCCUGCCCCUGCUGGCGAACAUCGACGGAGACUCUGUGUCGUCCGUGGAUGCGGUGUUGCGCUGCUCUUCGUCCAGCCUCCAGUCUGACGGUCUCUACCUCCUCUAUUCCCCGCUGACGCUGAUUCUCUGGGUGGGCAGCCAGGUUUCGGCUCAGGCCUUAACGCAGCUCUUCAACACAUCCUCCUUCUUAUCGCUGACAUCCGGAGAGAUGAAACCACCUGUGCUGGAUAAUCCUAUGUCUGUCAGUCUUCACAAACUCAUCAGCACCUUACAGUCCUAUGCAGCCGUGACUCUUAAGUUGAAGGUGGCGAAGGAAGGCGACAGUUGUGACGAGUGCGUGCAGCGACUCCUGGUGGAGGACAGGAGUCCUAACGGAGGCGCGUCCUACGCCGACUUUCUGUUCCACCUCCACGUCAACUCCCUGCGUCGUGUUGUGGGAUGACGGCUGCGUUUUUGUAUCGUCUUGACAUCUUGUGUCUUUCUUCAGGGACAGCGUGUCUUAUAUUAUCGGUUUUGUUCUUUAUGUCCAUCACAGAGUGGUAUGGCUCGGCCGAACGGCACUCUGGCUGUGGCUGGAUGUACAGUACGAUGUAGGCCGAGCUUGAAGACGAGCCCAGUUUUGCAUCAAACUCAUUUUUAAAUCAUCUUUGCACUUGUAUUACUCAAGUGUGCAAAUCACAACUAGCAUGUGAAUAUUUUAAGCAAUAAGAUAUUCAGAUUUAUACAUAUUUUCUGCUUAUUGCAUUACUUUCUUUUUUUCUCAGUAGUGUAUGUUAAACAUUUGUGUGUGUGUGUGUGUGUGUAUGUGUGUUUGUUGUAUUUAUUCCAUAUUUAUCUUUUAGAUUUUGAAAUGCUCCAAUAAACCGAUGUGUGUGUCA